UGUCAGCACCAAUCGGUUCUAUGAUGUCUCCUGUUUUACCUGCAGGUCCAGGAACACUUCUUCCAGGCUGGACAGAGUGCGAGAGUUUCUCAGCUGGAUCGUUCCAUUCGGCCUGGCACUGGUCAACAAGAUGUUUGAGGCUAUUUGUCGCUGUUUUCCUCUCUUCACCAUCCAAUAUCCGCCGUUUCUGCUGCGCUUCCUUGGUCGCUCUGUUGCCAUUCCCCGAUCCCUCCUUGAGCAUGAUCUCGACUCCCCAGCUGGUCCGCCAUGAGCCAACCCCCACACAACGACCCACAGGCUCCCGAGCAUGUCGAGGAUCUCGUCCAUCUCGAGACCAUGUUCCAUGAGCUCGGCCGCGAAGAUGGACUUCGUGACGGACGACGGGCCGGCCUGAACGAAGGACGGAAUCUUGGCCUGGCCAGGUCGUUCGAGAUGGGCAAGGAAAUCGGCUUCUUCCUCGGAUUUGCGAGGAUCUGGCUCCUGAUUGCCCCUCGCAUUGACGCGGACAAACUCAAUCACAGGGUCAUCAAGCAUCUUGAGCAGCUCAGAGAUAUGGCAGAAGCUUUUCCGAAGGAGAACAUCAAAGAUGCAGCCAUGCUGGAGACACUGGAUCGCAUGCGCGGCAAGUUCAAGACAAUCGUUUCGCUUCUGGGACCCUGGGCAAGCAACAACAUGCCCAGCGCCGAUCAGGCCAACCGUCGGCUCAACUUCUGAGCCAUCCAUCGACCACCCUGCUGAUCCAAUAGCCGGCCAUAUAAUCUCUGCCUUGUCCUCACCGAUCUUAUCUGCUUCAGGCAGUGAUCUAGGCAACACAACAGCUCACACUCCCUUAUUGCAUAGGACACUUUCCAUCUGGUAUCGAACUGCAUCCAGCAAUACAAUGUCCUGAUCCCAGUCGACGAUAUUUCCCUUCGAUGUGUAUCGUUAUGGUGGACCGGC